UGCUUUGACGUAGCGAAUGUCCGAGCACAACAAAUCCAACUUUUGUAAGAACCUUUCCGGUUUGAACACCGGCAUCAUCCGCGAGAUCAAAUUACUACUGCCUGUUUGCCUGCCGAAAAACCUUCGAAAUGCCGUAUGGUUAUGAUCCCUACCAACCAAGGAAACCGCCGAGCUAUGGACCCAAAGAUCCUGAACAUGAAACAUAUAGGAAGCUGUUCAUUGGUGGUCUUAGCUACGAAACUACAGAUGAAACUCUGAAGAAACACUUUGAACAAUGGGGUCAGGUUGUCGACUGCAUCAUUAUGAAGGAUCCCACAACAAAACGAUCCCGAGGGUUUGGAUUUAUCACGUACAAGGAGGCUGGCAUGGUUGACGAGGCUCAGGGCAAGAGGCCACACAAGAUUGAUGGCCGAGAGGUGGAAUCUAAGAGGGCAAUGCCGAGAGAGGAGAGUGGCAACCCUGACAGCCAGAUGUCUGUGAACAAGAUGUUCAUCGGGGGCGUCAAGGAUGACACAACAGAGGAACAAGUACGCGAGGUCUUCAAGGAGUUCGGGAAAAUUGAAAAUGUAAACCUUAUCACAGACAACAACGGGAAACUAAAAGGAUUUGCAUUCGUGGAGUUUGACGACUAUGAUUGUGUGGAUAAAGCAGUUUUACGGAAGAGACACUCAUUAAAUGGCAAGGAUGUGGAAGUGAAGAAGGCUCAAAACAAGGACCAGCCUAUUGCUAUGGGAAGGGGGGUUCGCGGCAUGAGAGGCGGUCGUGGCGGUGGAAGGGGUGGAUAUGGUGGUUACGGAGGAGGAGGAUACGGUGAUGGUUACAAUGAUGGAUAUGGACCAGGAGGAUAUGGCGGUUACAGUCAAGGGUAUGGUGGAGGUGGAGGCAACUGGGGCGGCCACGGCGGCGGCGGUUAUGACGGGUACGGUGGGCCCUAUGGCAACCAAGGUGGCUGGGGAGGUGGUGGGCCCUAUGGCUCAGGCUAUGGGGACAAUUACGGCAGCGGCCACAUGAAGGGAGGUAACUACUCACACAGAUCAGGAUCAUACGAAGGCGGCUACAACAGCGGUGGAUACGGCAGUGGUGGACGGGGAGGAUAUGGAGGGAACAAAUCGCUUUGUCUGCAGUUCAUUCCUGUGCGUGAAUCAGCCCAAGAAGUUAAACUGAAUAUGCCUGAGUACGGAGGAUUCGGUGGUGGUGGCCGCAGAGGAGGAGGACGUGGAGGUGGGGCCUGGGUACCUAAAGACCCAGAACACGAGCAAUUCCGUAAGCUCUUCAUUGGUGGUUUGAGCUAUGAAACCACAGAAGAAAGCCUCAAGAACCACUUUGAACAAUGGGGUUCAAUUGUUGACUGUGUUGUAAUGAGAGACCCAGAAACAAAGAGGUCAAGAGGUUUUGGCUUCAUCACAUAUAAAGAAGCUGCCAUGGUUGAUCUUGCCCAGGGAGAACGUCCCCACAAAAUCGACGGACGUGAGGUCGAGUCAAAGAGGGCUAUGCCACGGGAGCGGGACUCUGGUGGUCGCAGUGAAUCUCAGCAAUCUGUGAAGAAGAUGUUUGUUGGUGGCAUCAAGGAUGAUAUGGAGGAGGAAGAUCUAAGAGCAGUGUUUGAAGAAUUUGGUGCAAUCAACUCUAUCGAUAUCAUCAAGGACAAACAGACACAGAAGCUCAGGGGCUUUGCCUUCGUUUCGUUUGAUGACCACGACAGUGUUGAUAAGUGUGUUUUGAAAAAGCGUCAUACUAUCAAGGAAAAGGAUGUUGAGGUGAAGAAGGCUCUUAGUAAGGAGCAACAAGAGCAAGGAAGCCGUGGUGGUGGAAUGCGCGGUGGUCGGGGUGGAGGUCGUGGUGGGUACGGAGGAGGAGGCAGCAGCGGCUAUGGGGGUGGUGACAGUAGCUAUGGCCAAGGAGGCUACAAUCAAGGACCAGGUUCCAUGGGUCGUGGUGGGCCUAACUAUAACUGGUCUUCUAGGGGGUCACCAGGAGGCUAUGGCGGUGGCUAUGGCAACCAAGGCGGUGGUGCAGGGUAUGAUGGAGGAUAUGGAGGUGGUGGCUAUGGAGGCAGUCAGCAGGGAGGGAACUGGAAUCAGGGUGGAGGCGGAAGCAGCUUUGGAUCUGGCUAUGGAGACAGCUAUGGAGGUGGUGCCAUGAGAGGUGGUGGUGGCGGCGGUGGCUACAAUCAGAGAUCCUCUGGUCCAUACGGAGGUGGUUAUGGUAGUGGCGGUGGAGGAGGAGGCUACGGAGGUGGCAACUUUGGAGGAGGUGGCGGAUACAACAGAAGAUAAAUCCCACUCUCACAAAAGGCUCUCCAUGCAGGUUCUCAUUAAGAAGCAGCAUAAGGCAGGCAGGCAGGCAGACAUAGAUCAGGGAUAAGUGUUUCCAGCAAUUAUGGUUACCAUAGCACCAUGUUACCAUAGCUACAAGGAGGCAAGUGUCCACUAUGGACAUCAGAGACAGUAGCUUCAAGAUAGACCCAAGACUGAAGGGAGAGUAUAAGGAAUUGAGGCGACCAUACAUGGAUAGCUCUAAGCAAGAGUCACCUUGAGGAUAGUUGGCGACUGUCUGUUGUAGCCGGUGUGGCUAUGAGAGCGUAGUGCUAGAGCAGGCAUAAUGGACAUUGCAAGGAGUAUUUAUUAGUGAACAACCUGAAAUGAACUGUCCAAGAUAGUCCAGCGGCUGGCUAUCUUCCUGUUGCCAGAAGCUGUAGGGAGAGCAAGAAAAUAUUUUAUUACAUAUAUCAUGAAUCAAACCUGAUCAUAUGCCAUGGAAAUCAUCACAUUGACCACCAUUACAUGAGACUAUUCACUGUUUGUGCUAUCUUUUUACUCAUUUAUUUGUAACAAAUUGUGGGCAGUCUUAAUAAAAGUGAAAACACCAGAAAUAGAACUGUUAUUCAGUGUCUUCAGUUUGUGUACAUUGUGUUCGUGAAAGGCCAGAGAUUUCACUUGGCAGCUGCAAACCAUGGAUCAGGGGAAGGAAUGAAAUGCAUCACAACACAAGUAUUGUUGGUUACAUGCAGGUCAAACUCAUCUGUGCUCUUUAGUUUAUGUAGCUUCUCUGUAUUGUCUGUUGAUUUUAGCAGUUUGGAAGACUAUCAAGUAGUGUUUCUUGGUAUACUGCUGAAAUUCUUCAGAUCUGGUCAAGAUACAGAUAAUGCACAGUGGAUAUAUAUGGGGAGCCAGGUUGGAUGAGUCUCCAUGCAUGUUAUUUGUGGAUCAAGUGGCUAGAAAUUGGUACAUGUGAUCAUGCUAAAAGUAUUCUUAUAGAUGAACAGAAUGUUAAUUUUCAUUUUCGAUGGAAUAUCCACUAGUUGAUGGCUUUCUACAUUGGGUCUAGAUGUACCAUAUUUCUAUGACACGGGUAAACUAUUGUUAAUGUUCAUGUGCACGAAUAUUGUGGGGGUGGGUGAAUGUUGUAUGUUUUAGAUGUGUGUUAGUUACCAGCUAUAUGUAACACUGGUCUCCUAGAGGUUACCUAGUGUAGGCAAUCCUCCUUCAGCUCCAAAUGCAGGCUAGAUAGCACCAGCAAGUUAGCAAUGCAGGAACGUCUAUGUAGUAAGGUAAGGUAGGAGUUUGUUUUAGUGUUUACUGAUUAUUGGGCUCUUCAUAUGGAUCAAGUUGAGUACACGUAAAAGUAAAUGGGAUGAAGUAAUGCUUAAGGAAUAAUGAGAAUAUAUUUCUAAGUAUGUUUCAUUAUAGCUUCUUGUAAUAGACUGAAUUGUUUUGGUUUUUUGCCUGAUCACCGGUUUCUUUUACCCAUCUGAUUAACACUGUAACCAGAUUUCAUAAACUACUAAAAUUGGAAUAAUCAUUCAAUCUAUUGAAUUGUUACCUUUAAUAAUUGGAAGUUGUUUUAACAUUCCACUAUGCAUAUCUUCUAAAUUACUAUUAAUGUUUUGACUUUGGUGGCACUUCAACAUUGAGAAAUCUUAAGUUUGUGGUCGAAAUCUGGUUAAAUGUCUUUCAUUUCAUUCUUUGCUGGCAAUCAUUCAUGUCAGUUUUUUCUUCUAGGAACCCACAAACAAGCUGAAAACAAUGACUUCUGUCAUUGUCACUCGUUCGUAGACAUUCAUCAAACACAGGUUUGUACAGCAGUGGGUGGUGAACAAUAACGUAAAUCCUGCUGUUGGUCCAAGGAUACAAGCUUGUGCAAGACCUGUCAAUCCCAAUCCUGUUGAUACAAGCAGGGACAAGACAAGUUGCUCCGUGACAGCAAACCAUUCCAAGAGGCACCAGGUCAUCAUUGGGUAUUUGAAUAUAUUGGGCUUCAUUAGCCCUGUAUGAACACCUGACAUAUAAUAAAUAUUUUGACCUUGA